AUGCAGACGCCGCAGCGUGCUUCGAAUGAACUCUCGGCUUCGAGGCUGAAGCUGUAUCCUACAAACCCCAGCAACAAGGAGGCCAUGUUCGAACUCAAGGGUGGUGAUGAUGAUCAUGGCAUCGGCAAGGUUACAAAUGUUGACAUGCAGGCUGGGCAUGCCGAGCCACCGAAAGUGUAUGGAUUCUUCUCCAUGAUGGCACUUGCUGUGUCUUUGAUGGCGACAUGGGAGGCACUUUGCAGUACAAUGGGAUCUGGUCUGGUUAGCGGCGGACCAGUAUCUCUCGUCUAUGGAUAUAUCGUGUCCUUUGCUGGAAACAUGUUGACCAGUAUGUCGUUGGCUGAGGCUGCAGCCAUGUUCCCUUCCGCAGGCGGCCAGUAUCAGUUCGUUGCCGAACUCAGCCCGCCAUCAAUCAGAGCCUCAGUCAGCUGGUACUGUGGAUGGCUUACAGUUCUGGGAUGGCACGCUUUCACAGCAUCUGCUCCAUUUGGAGCAGCCAAUCUCACCUUGGGCUUAAUCUCGCUCUCCAAUCCUGAUUUUGUGUCCAAGCCAUGGCAAAAUAGCUGUAUCUAUUGGGGAAUUACCCUGGUAGCGCUUGCAUUCAACCUCUGGGGCAACCGUAUCUUGCCGUACAUCCAGAACGCCAUUCUCGCCUUUCAUGUUGGUUUCUUCUUCAUCAUCUUCAUUGCUUUGCUGGCUUUGAAGCCAGAAGCAAACAGUGCGAAAUUCGUUUUCACCGAGUUCCGCAACAGCACGGGUUGGGGCUCUGAUGGCGUCGCUUGGUUUCUCGGAAUGUUGACCUCCUGUUACGUGAUGAUAGGUUACGACUCUGCAACCCACAUGUCGGAAGAAAUCCCCAACCCAGCCCGCAACAUUCCCAAAGCCAUGCUCCUCUCCAUCGCCAUCAACGGCGCCAUGGGCUUCGCCGUCCUACUCCCGGUCCUUUUCUACAUGGGCCCUCUCGACGCAGCUCUCGCCUCUGGCCCCUUCCCCAUCAUCCACAUCUUCACCCGCGUCACAGGCGGCAAUAAGGCCGCUGCCAGCGCAAUGACCUCCACGAUCAUCAUCUCCGCCUCCUUGGCCACCUUCGGCCUUCUAACCGCGACAUCCCGCAUCCUCUGGGCGUUCGCCCGCGACGGCGGAACCCCGUUUUCUACGGCGUUGGGGCGCCUGGGAAGUAAGAGCCAGAUUCCUGUGACGUCGCUGUUGGUGUCCACGGCCAUCAUCAUCCUAUUGGGCGCGCUGCAAAUCGCGUCCUCGACUGCCUUCGCCGCUAUCCUCUCCCUCACCGUCGUCGGGCUUAACCUCUCCUAUCUCAUGCCCAUCAUCCUUAUGCUCUACCGUCGCCUCAUGACGCCACAGAUGCUCGUGCCGGGGCCGUUCAAGCUGGGGAAAGCAGGCAUCUUGGUGAAUGCCUUGUCGAUCUGUUUUCUGAUCUUUACGAGCGUAUUUUUGCUAUUCCCGACGGCGCAGCCCGUCACGUCGAAGAAUAUGAAUUAUGCGAGUACGGUGCUGGGGGGCGUGUUGAUACUUGUUACGAUCGACUAUCUGUUUAGGUCCAAAAAGAGGUAUACGGGACCGACGCUUGUUUUGCAGGGUAUGGCUGUGAGGGAGUGA